AUGUCUACUACAGAAUUUUCGAUGAAUUUACGGAUAUCACUGCUAAUAGCGGCUUACUUCGUAAACGUUUUCGCUGACCAAUCUAAGUGGAUCAUUCAUGAUGAAGUCAAUUCACUCAAGGAUGACGUCGAAUUCAUGUCACAAGAGUUACUCAUACCGGUUAAAACAAAGACUAUUGCAAAAUCGAAACCGGUUAAAGUAACUUCCCCCUUAAAACCCCAUAUUGACCAAUCAAAACCAGAACUUGUGCAAUCUAGUAAAAAUAUAGACAAUACUAACGAAAAGAGACAAUCGCCCCCGUCCUUGGAAGAUGAAUUUUCUUCGAAGGAACUGUUGCCUGUGAAAUCAAAGCAAACUAUUCCGCCAAACCCAGUCAAACCCAAAUCUGUUUCAAAUCCUAAAGCUAAACAAAGUCUUACAAAGACAACAGUUAAUCAACCCUGCAAGGAAAAAGAUGUGAAAUGUUUGCUAGCCAAAGAAAACCUGUUAUUAGCCAUCACUCCAAAAUCUCUAGGUGCUGGUCGCCCAGAAUCAGUCAUCGACAAUCACUAUAUUAAUUCUGCCACUCAUAACAACGAACUCUCGACCCAACAAGCCAACAGCCACAUUCAAGAGUCGGAAGAAGAAGAGUCGGAUGAUGAUAUAUUACGAUCUAUAAGUGAUGAAUCUAUAAAUAGAUACAGACGACAGGUUGCCCCAUCUGACGGCGGAUCCGGGGCCGGGUUUUUCGAAGAGAGUACUACAACGAACGAAAAUCCCGAAUUUUCCAUCGAAUUGGCCAUCACACUGGAAGAUUCUGAUACUGAUGGUUCUUUGACGGAUGCAGAAAAACUUAAAUUACGUACAGAUUUCGAAACAGAGUUAACGAAACGAUUCAGUUUUAUGCCUGGAUUUAAAUAUAUCAAAGUUAGUACCGAUGAUAUCACCUUGGACAGCAAAAAUCGUCCACAAGCUAAGUUUGACAUCGUUUUGGAUGGUAAUACUAUUGGUGCUUUGGGAUCUAACCCAGAAGAAAGAAAAGAAAAUUAUACCACCACACUGAGACAAGCUGGAGACGUUUUCAGCAGCACUGAUGAGAUUUCUGGCAGUAAAACAUUACCAAUUGAUAUCAAGGUCGACGACUUCAUCACAAAACUUGACAUUCUCUUAUCCGAUGUCUGUGAGAGUGAUCAACCUUGUGAUCCUGGUUAUAUAUGUUCUCCCGGCAAGACCACAACUGGAGAGUACGAAGGAAGUUGUGUCCACGCCUGUUACGCCUCCAAAUUGAAUGAACUAUGCCAGAAUGGAGCUAUCUGUACUCUUGAUGGUGACAAUCAACCUUAUUGCCAAUGUGGAACUAAAAAUAGUGGAGUGUUUUGUGAAAAAGAAGAACCAGUUACCAGCGGUGAACUAUCUACAGCUGAAGUUGUAGGAAUAACUGUUGGCACACUACUUGCUAUAGCAGCUCUUGCCUCAUGUUUCUUCUUCAUUGUCUUCUGUAGAAAGAGAAGUGAAAAGGAUAUGGAAUACAGUUACUACGGUGAUGAUGAUAAUCUGAUGCAGGGCUACUUAGAUCAAAGUUCAAAUCUUGGUAUUUCAAAUAUGUAUAUCGACAGACCCAGAAUUUCAAUACAGCCUCUCGAUAUUUAUAACGACCCUGCUAUGGGAACCCAUGCUUAAAUAUUAGGAAAUGAUCUCAGCAGAAUAAUUCUACCAAAGACUUUUCAAUAUUCCCGAUUGUCUUCCAGUUUUCCCGGUGUUCCAAUGUCUAUUUCACUGUUCAGGUGAUGCGUCACGCAUAUUAAUUGUGCCAACACUCUGGUCGCAGUAAGGAUCACGUUCGGAAUUUGAGUGUUAAAUAAUCAAAGACUGUGAUCAAAGAAUCAAAAUGUCAUUUAGGAAAACUG